UAAAAAAUCUAGAAUUAAUCUCACAUUCAGUAAAAAAAACUCCAGAAUCCUGCACAUUCAUCCAUCCUGCUUCGAGAUGGCAAAUCUUUGCCUAAUUUUUGGCCUCGUGUCUACCUUUUGCUACGCUAAUGCCCAAUUUACGGAGAAUUGGGCAGGCUCGUCAUCCCAAACUUUCGUUACGUAUGGGACCCAUGGCACUCCCCAAUCCGGUUUCGCCGACCCUGACGCCCUUGACGGUCGAUCGCUUCGGUUCACUUUAAACCCCAACCCUCCCGCCGGCGUUGGUGGCGCCCCUGCGGCCGAAACUUUCGGCCGCUACAAGUACGGAACUUACUGGACCCGAGCUAAAGCCGCGAACUGCUCCAACCAACCGUUGUCCGGCGUCGUUUCUGGAAUCUUCACCUACUUCAAUGAUCAAGGUGACCGGAACGGAAACGGGAUUCCUGACAAUUCUGAGAUAGAUUUCGAAUGGCUUUGUGCCGCCCCGGAGGUCGUGCAUCUCUCGAUCUGGACCGACUAUCAGGAAACAGAUCCACCAAAUAUUCGCGUCGUUUACAGAACGAUUGACCUCUCGACCGGGCGUGUGCUGAUGGACUGUUAUCGCGAAAGGUUUGGGGAAUGUAGACUUCUUAGCGCGCCGGAACGACAGCCGUCGCAAGUCACCCCGAUUUCAGGGUAUGAUUCAUCCACGGAAUAUUUCUGGUACGGGUUGGAAUUUGCGGCGGAUCGGGUACACUUCAUGAUGCGGGGAAGGAAUGGUGAGACUAUUACGCUGUGGGAUUAUCGAGGACCGACGGCGAGAAUGCCGCAGGAUGAGAUGCACUUCAUGCACAAUGUUUGGCACACGAAUAACUGGUGGCCGGAGGGGGAUGACGGGACGAUGAUUGAAGCGCCGAGGUCACCGGUCUAUAUGUAUGUCGAUUCUAGUAGUUUCACACCGGCAUAAAUGGAACGGAAUUCUAAUUUGGAAAACAAUAUGAUUUGAUUUUAUUGAAAGCCUAAAAACUGCCCUGAAUGAAAUCGGAGUUAAUCAAUUGGUCAAUAAAAAAUCUAUUACAUAAUUUUA